AUGGUGGCCUUCCACCGCACCCUCUCUGCGAUGCGAUUAUUCCCGCUUUUCGUCUGGGCCUUCCUGGUCCUCUUCUCCCCCGCAUCCGCUACCAGACUGAUCCGCUCGAACUCCCUCAAUCUCUGUCAGCAGAGCACGAAUUUCACCGCGACUUACUUCAGUGCCAUAUUUACACCCAACAACAGGUCUCUUCUCUUCAACUUCGAUGCAGUCUCGCAGAUCACUGGCUACGUGACGGCCGAUCUGACCCUCACCGUCUAUGGCUACGAAGCGUACAAGAAGUCUCUGAACCCGUGUGAAUACACGGAUAUGUCAGGGCUGUGUCCUAUGAACGCCGGCAAACUUGAGCUUACAAACAGUCCCAUUGACGUGCCGGCGGACGUCAUCGAUGAUAUUCCUGGUAUUGCCUAUACCGUCCCCGAUCUUGACGCUAAGAUCCGUGUCGUUAUUAAGAAAAAUGACACCAACGAGCCGAUCACUUGUGUUGAGGCGAACCUAUCCAACGGCAAAACCGUCUACCAGCCCGGUGUUUCAUGGGCCACUGCCGUGAUAGCUGGCUUGGGUAUGGCUGCCUCUGCCAUUACCUCCGGCCUGGGGUACUCCAACACGGCCGCUCACGUGGCGUCCGGUGCCCUCUCCCUCUUCAGCUUCAUGCAGACCCAGGCUAUCUUUGGCAUGACCUCCGUGGCCAUGCCUCCGAUCGUGGAAGCUUGGACUCAGAAUUUCCAGUGGAGCAUGGGUAUCAUCCGUAUUGGCUUCCUUCAGACCAUCUGUACCUGGUACCAACGCUCAACUGGAGGAACCGCUUCGACCCUUCUAUCUGAGCUCUCGACGACAUCCGUAGAAGUGCUGAAGCACAAAAAGAGGUCCUUGGCCUCGGCUGCGGAGUCGAUUAGUGGGACUCUUGUCAAAAGACUUGCCGACGAGGGAAAGGCUACUUCGGGCAACGCUGUCGUCCGCGGUAUCGCCCGUGUCGGUUUCAAAGCCGGGAUUGAAGAAACGAAUAUCUUCAUGACCGGAUUGAUUUUUUUUGUCGUCUUCGUCUGUGGCGUAAUGCUCCUUGUUGCUGGGUUCAAGGGUAUCUGCGAGCUUCUCGCUAAAGCUGGGAAGAUGCAAACAGACAAGUUCCAAGAAUUUAGGAAUGGAUGGAAGGUUGUGAUGAGAGGGAUCUUGUUCCGACUGUCCUUGGUUGCCUUCCCUCAAAUGACUGUCCUUGGUUUGUGGGAGCUCACCCGGCGCGACUCCCCUGCCGAAGUCCUUCUCGCUAUCGUCAUGUUCCUGUCGGUUUUCGUGUCCCUGUGUUGGGCAGCCGUGAAGGUCAUCCUUUUGGCAAGACGAUCUAUGGCCAUGCACAAGAAUCCCGCCUACAUUCUAUACUCGGAUCCGGCCUGUCUGAACAAAUGGGGUUUCCUGUAUGUUCAGUACCGGGCUACCGCGUACUACUUUCUCCUUCCCGUGCUGGCCUAUAUUCUCAUAAAGGGCAUGUUUGUCGCGCUCAGCCAGCCAGCACCCGUGGUGCAGACGAUCGCUUUUGUCGUUAUCGAGACCGCAAUGCUCAUUGCCGUCUGCGUUCUCCGACCCUGGAUGGACAAGAAGACCAACGCCUACAAUAUCGCCAUUGCCGUGGUUAACUUUGUCAAUGCCAUUCUCCUCCUAUUCUUCUCCAAUGUUUUCCACCAGCCCGGUAUCGUGACGGGCGUCAUGGGCGUUGUCUUUUUCGUGUACAAUGCAGUCCUCUCACUUAUCCUUAUUAUUCUUGUCCUCGUCGCGUCCGUGUAUGCUGUCGUGUCCAAGAACCCCGAUACGCGUUACCAGCCAAUGAGGGAUGAUCGGAGCUCUUUCAUGAAGUCGCAGGGCCAGUUCACGACUGAAUUGGACGCACUGGGUGCUACCGCUCGGGGCGAAGAGAAGACCACGUACAAGUCUAACUUGUUCGAUGAAGACAGCUCGUCUUUCUCCAGCGGAAAUGGCGCUACCCUUGGCCGUGGCCACCAUUCCACAUCUCCUGUGGCAUCACAUCACCAACCAGUCUCUCCUGUUGAUACGUCGGUGCCACUAUUCCCCAGUGACUCUGCUCCUCGCCGGUCUCCAUCACCAUACAAUAACAAUGCUGCCUACCCCACAGAUUACCGCCAAAGAUCGCCCGUUUCACGAGUUGAUAACAGUCCAUCGCCUUGGGGCGGAUCUACAGUCACUUCGCAAGUUCCCCCUUACAGGGCUCAGAACAAUACAAGUCCGUGGCAGAGAGGGGCCGGUGUGUGGAACGUAAAAUCUAUGAACCGUGCUCCCUGA